AUGGUAUUCAAAAGAGCUGUCUAUAUUGUUGCUGCACGUCGUACUCCAUUCGGUACAUAUGGUGGUAAACUGAAAGACUUUUCGGCAACACAUUUACAAGAGCUUGCCAAUCGUGCUGCUCUCAAACAAGCUAAACUAUCCCCCGAAGCAAUUGACAGCACUAUUGUUGGUAAUGUUAUGCAAUCAUCUUCCGAUGCCGCUUACAUUGCUCGACAUGCUGCUUUACGUGCCGGCGUGCCUGUUCAUGUUCCAGCCUUGACAGUGAAUCGCCUUUGUGGAUCAGGUUUUCAAUCGAUUGUAUCCGGUGGCCAAGAAAUUCAGUUGGGUGACUCAAAUAUUGUACUUUGUGGUGGUGCUGAAAGUAUGUCGCAAGCUCCUUAUGCAGUGCGAAACAUUCGCUUCGGAACUAAAUUGGGACAGGACUUAAAACUCGAGGAUACAUUGUGGCAAGGAUUGACUGAUGAAUAUGCCAAAACACCGAUGGGUAUCACAGCGGAGAACUUAGCAAAAAAGUACAAUGUGACACGUCAAGAUACUGAUCAAUAUGCUUUACAAUCGCAACAGCGUUGGAAAAAGGCAAAUGACCAAGGUGCGUUCAAAGAUGAAAUCGAACCAAUAAAACUCAAAGGUAAAAAAGGUGCAGAAGAAAGUUUCGACACCGACGAACACCCACGCCCACAAUCCACAAUCGAAACACUCUCCAAAUUACCCGCUGUCUUCAUCAAAGACAAAGGAACAGUUACAGCUGGUAAUGCCAGCGGCGUUUGUGAUGGUGCUGGUGCUGUAAUUGUCUGUAGUGAAGAAGCUUUGAAAAAGCAUAAUCUUACACCGUUAGCUCGAGUCGUCGCAUACCAUGUUAGUGGAGUCGAACCAACAUUGAUGGGUUUCGGUCCUGUGCCGGCAAUCGAGAACUUGUUGAAGAAAGUUCAAAAAUCAAUUUCGGAUAUUGAUCUAUUUGAUAUAAAUGAAGCUUUCGCACCGCAAUUUUUAUCUUGCCAAAAAGUUUUGAAAUUACCCAACGAAAAGACCAAUGUUAACGGAGGUGCUAUUGCUCUUGGCCAUCCAUUAGGUGCGUCCGGCGCACGAAUCACUGCAAAUCUUGUCUAUGAAUUACGACGACGACAAGGUAAAUAUGCUAUCGGUGCAGCCUGUAUCGGUGGUGGUCAAGGUAUUUCAUUAUUAGUUGAACGUGUUUAA